CAAGUAAAAAACGGUGUAAAUGGCUAAUUAACUAGUGUAAAUAUCUGCUAAUUUGGCGAAGACCUCGCUUUUUUACAUUAACCAAAUAAUACGCUACAGUUAACUAGCUAGCUAGCUAAUGUUACUUAACCCUAAAGACGACCAACAGUCUGCCUGGGGCUGGUGCUUAUGCUCGUUAUCGACUUUAGAUCAAGUGCACUGAUUCUAUUUACCCAACAUGACUUGUGUGGGAGAUGAAGACUAUCCGUUCCCUGUUGAUGACUGUCUGUUUGCGGAAACAUUUUCUCAAGACACCGUAUACACUUUAAUUGGGCAAAAGAUAAAGAUAAGACAGUUGUUCGGUGCCAAUCUCGGCGUGGCUGCCCCGGUCUGGGAAGCUGCGCUACACUUGUGUCGUUACUUUGAGGAGCAGUCGAUUGAGUUGAGAGGAAAGCGCAUCAUCGAGCUGGGAGCAGGGACUGGUGUGGUUGGUAUCUUGGCAGCACGCCUUGGUGCAGUCGUGACCCUCACAGACCUUCCUUUGGCUCUCCACCAACUUCAGGUUAACAUCUCUGCUAACAUGCCAUCCAGUGGUUGGCCUACCAGCCUUCCCACUGUUCUCCCUCUGUCCUGGGGUGAGGACCACAUGAACUUCUCUUCUGACUGGGAUCUGGUGCUCUGUGCAGAUAUCAUUUACCUCCCAAAGACUUACCCACUGCUAGUGGAGACACUAGCCCAUUUGUGCAAGAACGGAGCCGUGGUUUAUCUCUCAUCCAAAAUGCGAAAAGAGCAUGAGACUCCAGUUUUCUAUGAGGAAUAUCUGCCAAGCAGAUUUAAUGUGGAGCUUGUUCACUAUGAUGGAAAUCAAAACAUUAACAUCUACAGAGCGUCUUUAAGGAAAGAGCCGUGACCAUCUGCUAGGUCUACUGCACUAACACCAGUUAUGACUGUUACGAAUGUUUGAAAAAAAAAAAAAAAACUGACAGCUGUGUUUUACAAAAUGCGCAGUUGUCAUUUUGGAUAAUCCACUGUUGAUGUCAGCCUUCUAUCAAGUGACUGUAAUUUGAGUUUCAGAUCAUUUUUAACUUCUAGAUGCAAUUUUGUGUUUUAUAAGGCAACUAACAAUUUGUACAAUUAUUUGUACCCUCGUCAACACUGAAGAGAGCUUUCUCUCAUUGGGUUUUCCCUGUAUUGACAAAUGUUUUAGUCAAUCAAUUCCUUAAGCCUUAAGAUUUAAAAAACAAAAUUGUGCUAGGUUUAAUGUCAGAAGUCAUGUCAGAGUUGAGUGUAUAUGGAUCUUUGAGAUGCACCAAAUACUGGGAGGUUGUUGAAUAACUACUUCUUGUGUACUUAGGUUUGGACAAAAACUUGCAAAAAAUCUCAAAAUGAAAAAGCCAGUGAGGCACCGAAGGAAUACAUUUUACACAAGGAGUAAAAACGUCAGUGUCCAGGCAAGCAUGGGUAUUUGUGAGGUACAUUUCAUCAUUUUUGACAAGCAAA